AUGCUCUCCACGCUCGAAACUUCCCAAGGUUACCCUACUGUUAACCUGCAAGAGAACUCGCAAUCACGAGAAGAAAAAGAUCAACUGCUUCGUUCAAACAAGAAAACAAAACGUAAAAUCACGAAUUGGAUUUUCGAUCACUCUUCUCAAGAUGACUCUCAUGAUAUUGCCAUGGGAGAAGUGCCCCAACCGCUGCUAUCCAAGGGUUCACCAACUGCAGGACUGCUCAAUAAUCCUGGUAAUCAGGGCAUUCGAUCAUUCAGUGAUCUUGUUAAAAAUCAUUCAAGCUAUCAACAGGGACUUCUCAAUGAGGAGGUCCCAGUGGACGAAGAUGAUGAGAUUUCUGAUGAUGAUGAAGUUCCAGAGGAACUAGAACAAGAUGAAAGAUGCCCUUGUAUCCUGCUUACAAGGGCUGAAAAAAGGCGUAUGCGUCACCCUUGGAAGCAAGCACUUAUUAUUAAGAUGUUCAGUGGCAAUGUAGGAUACAUGGGUUUAAUGCGCAAAUUGAAAAGAAAAUGGAGCUUGAAAGGUGAUCUCUCUCUAACUGAUAUAGGUCACAAGUAUUUCAUUGCGCGGUUUACAAAUCCCGCUGAUUAUCACUUCGUUCUUACUCAGGGGCCAUGGAUGAUUGAUGACAAUUAUCUCACUAUAAGAAAAUGGGUGCCUAACUUUAUUCCUGAUGACAGCCCUAUGCGAUUUCUCACUACCUGGGUGAGAAUUCCGAAUCUUGCGGUUGAGUAUUUUGAUACGAAUUUCCUGACCAAAAUAGGCAACAAAAUAGGUCGAGUUAUGCGUAUUGACAAGACUACUGCUCAGGCUGAACGCGGUCAGUUCACUCGACUGAGUGUGGAAAUUGAUCUUGCGAAACCGUUGCUAUCUAAAUUCUGGUUGCGAGGACGAAUUUGGCGAAUUCAGUAUGAAGGUAUUCGACUAGUAUGUUACCAGUGUGGAAAAAUUGGACAUCAGGAGGCAGAUUGUCCACAACACCACCAUGUUUAG